AUGCUUCGAGGAUAUGCCAAGUCAGGCUCUCAGAAGAAGGUCGUCCGAGGCUCUGGAGCAUCAAUUACGACAAUCCGCAAGAGAAACGAAUCCCCUGUACUCCAGAGCAAACCACCGAGGAGCCGAGCUAUUGUUUCCCGGCAGACCGCGGACGAACCUGGCGGGAACGGCGUCGGUAUCUGCCUCUUCCUGGAGAAGCUUCCCCUCGAGUUGCGCCUGCAGAUCUACGAGACGCUCCUGUGCUCGCCAGACGUGAUAGCCAUAUCCGCGCACCGCCGACAGCAGCCCACCGAGGGGGCCCGGUGCAGCUGGUGCAACCACAUGCACCGGUGCGACAUGGUAGCGCCGUGGCGGCCGCAUGUGACUCUCCUGCGAACAUGCCGGCAGAUCAACGCCGAGGCCACGACGGUCCUGUACCAGAAGAACGACUUCUUGGUCAGUGUGCUCGUAUACCAGACGUACCAGCCCACUAACGACUUCCUCUGGCACCUGCGGCAGUCGACCCUGGUCCAGAUCCGGCACAUGCGGUUCCGCGCCGGGUGCCGGUGCAUGGACUGGGUGAGCGGCGAGAGGCAGGAGUGGCAGACGGACGGGCGGGCGCUCAGCCGGACGUGUUUCCCGCACUGCGUUCUGAGCUCGGUGCGGCCGUCGCCGUCCAGGGCUCGGGAGACGCACCGCCUCAUCCGCUGGCACGUGCUCGACGACAAGCGCACCUACUGCAACCCGUGCCGGUGGUGCCGCGCGGUGUUCGGCGAGGUGUUCUAG